AUGCGAACAGAAGUGGUAACUCUAAACGUCGGCGGGCUGAAGAUGGCCACAACGCUAGCCACGCUGACCAAGGACCCCAGUUCGUUGCUGGCCACAACCUUUGCAGUUCUCAUGAGCCAGGAGGAACUAACCCAAAAUUCGGCUGAGCACGAGUCGUCAGACUGGGUGAUGAAAAUGGCGGACGGCUGUUACUUCAUCGACCGCAACGGACCUCUUUUUCGCCACAUCCUGGACUACCUGCGAAACGACAAACUGAUUCUUCCGUGCAACUUCAACGAAUUAGACCAGCUGCUGCAAGAGGCAAAAUUCUACCGAUUAUCCCAGCUGGUUGGCGAGAUCACGCGGCUAUGUGGCAGCCCGGCAGCUAGCUUGUCUUCGUUGUCCACCAUUGGAAGUAACAAAUUUUAUCUGGCACGCUACGGCCACAUUACGAUCAGCUACAGGGGGACGUUCGCGUUUGGUCGAAACGGUCCCCAGGAGGUGAACUUCCGCAAACUAAACCGAAUUCUGGUCUGCGGUAGGGCUACACUGUGCCGUGAGGUAUUCGGUGAUACGCUGAAUGAAAGCCGAGAUCCGGACAGAGGAGGAGAGAAUCGCUACACCUCACGAAUGUUCCUGAAACACAACAGCCUCGAGCAAGCUUUCGAUAUGUUGGCAGAACGGGGCUUCUCUCUGAUCACGUCCUGUUCCUCCGGUGCCAUGUGCGGGAUGGACGGCUUGCGGCACGGCACGGAAAACGAAGAAAACAAGUGGAACCAUUACACACAGUUCGUCUUUUUCCGCGGACAAUCACGUCUAUCUUCCUAUGUAACUUUUCCAAAUAUUUGA